UUUCACUUUUCGCCGAGUCUCACAACAUUUGCGACACGUUUCAGCAUCGGCUGCCGUUUUCGUACCGGAAUAAUCGGGUUUAAACUUCCGAAAAAUACGUAGAAUAGUGCGGUGUCCACUUGCGAAAAAUGGCCACGAAGUUGGUUUGCAGCUACAACGAACCGGCAAUCGGAGGAUUGAUUGCAGCCGAGCUGGUCAGAAGCACCAAUCCGAUCGAGAUCAGCUGGGGCAAUGAAGCUUCUAUUACCUUCUCUAGCCGGACGCUGGUUUGUGUAACUAAUAAUGAUGUUUUGCGGGCGUUGGCUCGGGAUGCGCCCAAAUAUGGGCUGUAUGGAAAGACGCCAAUCGAAAGGACGCAGAUCGACCAUUGGCUAACUUAUACGUUGUCGGUGGAAAAGGAUCCGGCGGAUGAGCUGAAGUAUCUGAACAAGUGUUUGGCUCCGCUAACGUAUCUUGUGGCGAACCAUUUGACCAUUGCCGACUUGGCCGUUUACAACCAGUUGUUCAGCAGCUACGAUGAGUUGAAAGCCGUUGGGAUUCCCGUACAUGUCCAGCGGUGGUACGACCUAAUCUCCGCUCAACCGGCGGUGAAAAAUGUCCUGCAAGCACUACCGAAGGAGGCCAAGCGUACGAAGAAAAUGCAACAGCGUGGAGGAAGCGCCGAGAAGACAUCACCUGUAUCGGAGCGGAAGCAGGAAGGAAAGUUCGCGGAUUUGCCAGGUGCUGAAAUGGGAAAGGUCGUGGUUCGGUUCCCACCGGAGGCCUCUGGCUACUUGCACAUUGGACAUGCUAAAGCAGCCCUGCUGAACCAGUAUUAUCAGCAGGCAUUCCAAGGAAAAUUGAUUAUGCGAUUCGACGACACCAAUCCGGCAAAGGAGAACGUUCAUUUCGAGCAGGUCAUCUUGGAGGAUUUGGAAAUGCUGCAGAUUAAGCCGGAUUUGUUUACGCACACCUCGCAGUACUUCGAUUUGAUGUUGGGCUACUGUGAGCAGUUGAUGAAGGAAGGUAAAGCCUACGUGGAUGACACCGAACCGGAGCAGAUGAAAAAGGAACGCGAAGAACGCGUUGAGUCCAAGAAUCGAGUAAAUUCCGUCGAGAAGAACCUUCAAAUGUGGCAGGAGAUGCUGAAGGGAACGGCAUUAGGACAGAAGUGCUGCGUGCGAGCUAAAAUUGACAUGUCCUCGCACAACGGAUGCAUGCGAGAUCCUACUAUCUAUCGGUGCAAGAACGAACCUCACCCACGUACCGGAACCCAGUACAAGGUUUACCCGACGUAUGACUUUGCCUGCCCAAUCGUCGAUGCCAUCGAAAAUGUGACGCACACCCUUCGAACCAUGGAGUACCACGAUCGCGACGAUCAGUUCUAUUGGUUCAUCGAAGCACUGGGAUUGCGGCGGCCGUACAUCUGGGAGUACAGCCGAUUGAACAUGACCAACACGGUCCUGUCGAAACGUAAGCUGACCUGGUUCGUAGAUAGCGGACUCGUUGACGGUUGGGACGAUCCACGGUUUCCGACUGUGCGGGGUAUUCUCCGGCGCGGUAUGACCGUCGAUGGACUGAAGGAGUUUAUCAUUGCACAAGGCUCAAGUAAAUCAGUCGUGUUCAUGGAAUGGGACAAGAUCUGGGCAUUCAACAAGAAGGUCAUCGAUCCGAUUGCCCCUCGCUACACGGCUUUGGAGAACGAAAAUCGAGUGGUGGUCAAUGUGGAAGGCGCCAAACUGGAAGCCGUGCAAGUACCGGUGCAUCCCAAAAACGCCGACAUCGGCACGAAAACCGUUUGGUUGGGUCCGCGAGUUCUGAUCGACUACGCCGACGCUGUGGAAUUGAAAGAAGGUGAAAAUGCCACUUUCAUCAACUGGGGUAAUCUGAUGAUUAAGAAGGUGCACAAGGACGCAGGCGGCAAGGUCACAUCGGUCGAUGCGGCCCUGAAUCUGGACAAUAAGGACUUCAAGAAAACGCUGAAAUUGACGUGGCUUUGCGAACAGGAUCGUUGCGAAUAUCCACCUACGUUCUGUGUGUACUUUGAACAUAUCAUUAACAAAGCGGUACUCGGAAAGGACGAGGACUUCAAGAACUUCAUUGGUCAUCAAACGAGGACCGAGGUCGCCAUGCUGGGAGAUCCAGAGCUGAAGAAACUCAAGAAGGGCGACAUCAUUCAGCUGCAGCGACGCGGAUUUUUCAAGGUCGAUCAAGCCUACCAGCCGGCCAGUGAAUUCAGCGGCGUUGAAACACCAGUUGUGCUGUUCUCGAUUCCGGAUGGGCAUGCUAAGGAGUUGCCGACAGCCGGUGUGCCGAAGAAGGGUGCGGCUGACGGUGCAAAGAAACAAGCUAAGGCUGAAAGUGGUACUAAGUCAGCGCCGAAAGCAGCAGCGAACGUGUCGUGCUCCGCAGCCCAAAUUAAUGAUCAGAUUGUGCAACAAGGCGACAAGGUGAGGAAACUCAAAGCGGACAAGGCAGCAAAAUCAGACGUGGAUGCCGCAGUGAAGUGUCUGUUGGAAUUGAAGACCAAAUUCAAGGAGGCCACAGGCCAGGACUGGAAACCGGGUGUAGCUGUUGCAGAGCCGGCUGCUCCUGCCAAGUCAGCAACAUCCACUGAGUCAAUCAACGCCAAGAUCGUCGAGCAAGGCAACGUCGUUCGUGAGUUGAAGACGAAGAAGGCACCCAAGGCCGAUGUUGACGGAGCCGUGAAAGUAUUGCUAGAUCUUAAAGCGCAGUACAAAUUUGCUACCGGAAAAGACUGGAACCCGGAGGCCACUCCUGCCCCAGCUGCCACUGCUGUAUCAGCUAAAAAGGAAGUUCCCCAAGCAAGUGCUUCGGCCUUAGAUAUCAACGAGAAGAUCGUUAAGCAAGGUGAUGUCGUCCGAGAUCUGAAAUCGAAGAAGGCUGCCAAGGCGGAAGUUGAAGCACAGGUUAAGGUUCUGUUGGAUCUGAAGUCGCAAUACAAGGCAAGCACCGGUCAGGAUUGGAAACCAGGUUGUUUUCCACCUGCGGAAUCGAAAACCAGUGUUCAAGCCCCGUCAGGAGGAAACUCGGAAGUCGAAUUGUUGGAGAAAAUCACUGCCCAAGGAGACGAAGUCCGUACUCUGAAAACUAACAAGGCCGACAAAGCAACAGUUGAUGCUGCAGUGAAGACACUUCUGCAACUGAAAGCCGACUAUAAGACGCUUACCGGUAAAGACUGGAAACCGGGUACUGUAGCAGCGGCCGCUCCUGUCUCCACUCAGAACAAAGAAAACAUGGCCCCAACGAACGAAGCAGCUUCCGGUGGAUCGGACAAGGACGCAUUGGUUACCAAGGUAAACGCUCAAGGUGAAACAGUUCGGAAUCUGAAAUCUUCCGGCGCCUCCAAAGAUCAAGUUGACGCGGCAGUGAAGGUGCUUCUCGACUUGAAAGCCGAGUAUAAAAAGUUAACCGGAACUGACUUCCCAGUGGCAGGCCGAACCCCGAAACCAGCCGCACCGAAGAAGGAAGCUAAAAAAGAGGAAAAACCAAAAGCCAAGCCGGAACCUGCUAAACUGAAGGAAGAUGGCAGUGGUCCCAAGAAGCAAACCCGCCUCGGAUUGGAAGCCACCAAAGAGGACAACUUACCCGAUUGGUACUCCCAAGUCAUCACCAAGGGUGAAAUGAUCGAAUACUACGACGUGUCCGGUUGCUACAUUCUUCGCCACUGGUCCUUUGCCAUCUGGAAGGCCAUAAAAGCGUGGUUCGAUGGCGAAAUCACACGGAUGGGCGUGAAGGAAUGCUACUUCCCGAUCUUCGUCUCGAAAGCGGCACUUGAACGGGAAAAGUCGCACAUCGCCGAUUUCGCUCCGGAGGUGGCCUGGGUCACCAAGAGUGGCGAAUCGGACCUGGCCGAGCCGAUUGCAGUGCGUCCGACGUCCGAAACGGUCAUGUACCCGGCCUACGCCAAGUGGAUCCAGUCGUAUCGUGAUUUGCCGAUUCGGUUGAACCAGUGGAACAAUGUUGUGCGAUGGGAAUUCAAACAUCCGCAGCCAUUCUUGCGUACCCGUGAAUUCCUGUGGCAAGAGGGACACACUGCUUUCGGCGUAAAGGCUGAUGCUGAACAAGAAGUGUUGGAUAUUCUUGAUCUGUACGCCAAGGUGUACACCGACUUGUUGGCCAUUCCCGUCGUGAAGGGUCGCAAAACCGAAAAGGAGAAGUUUGCCGGCGGAGACUACACGACCACGGUGGAGGCGUUUAUCUCCGCAUCGGGCCGAGCCAUUCAAGGCGCCACCAGCCACUUCCUGGGACAAAACUUCUCCAAGAUGUUCGACAUUGUGUUCGAGCAUCCGGAAACUAAGGAGAAGGAGUACGUCUAUCAGAACUCAUGGGGUAUUACGACCCGUACGAUUGGUGUCAUGAUUAUGGUGCAUGCCGAUAAUCAAGGUCUGGUGCUGCCACCGCGAGUUGCCUGCAUCCAGGCGAUCAUUGUACCCUGUGGUAUCACUGCCAACACUACGGAUGACGAGAGGAAAUCUCUGUACGAAAACUGUAAGGAGCUUGAAGCCGAACUGGUGAAGGCGGGAGUCCGAUGCGAGGGAGACUACCGGGACAAUUAUUCUCCGGGUUGGAAGUACAACCAUUGGGAGCUGAAGGGCGUUCCUAUUCGCAUUGAGUUGGGCUUCAAGGAUUUGAAGAACAAACAGUUUGUGGCCGUUCGUCGCGACACCGGCGAAAAGACUACCGUCAAACGAGAUCAGGCAGCCAAGGACAUUCCAAACCUAUUGGAAACCAUCCACGAAAAUAUGUUCAAGAAGGCCGACAAAGACCUGCACGAUCACUUGAAGGUGACCAAGAAGUGGGACGAGUUUAUUCAGUUCCUGGACACCAAGAACAUCAUCAUGGCUCCGUUCUGCGGCGAAACUCCGUGCGAGGACAAGAUCAAAGCCGAGAGCGCCCGCGACGAUGCGGAAGCUGAACCCGGAGCACCAGCAAUGGGAGCCAAGACCCUGUGUAUUCCGUUCAAACAACCGGCCGAGAUUACAAAGGACGACAAAUGUGUUCAUCCGGCGUGCGGCAGAAGUGCAAAGUUUUACACACUUUUCGGCAGAAGCUACUAAGGGAGUUUUCAUUGGCAGAGAUGUGAGUGACAAUACGUGGGCCUGUUUCGGGAUAAUUUAUUUAUUCUUGUCUGCGUUGAAUUUUAAACUGAACUUAAAUAACUUGUAGUAGUUGUGUCAAGCUGAAGCUUGUAUCUUACUAUUAAACGUAACCUUGUGAAAGUGAA